GGUGCUUGUGGUCGGCUGGGGGGGGGAAGGGCCUGUGGUGGCUGGAUCCGAGAGCAGACAAACUUGCGUAGUCUUACCACGGCUCUCGCUGUCUGCCUGCCUCUCUCUCUAUGGACGGCCGGAGGGGAGAAGAGGAAACGUGGACUGUUGUCGUCGGGACCGUAGCGCCUUUUCAGGGCCUAGUGAUGAUUUAAUCACGGAAAACCAGGGUGUGGGGGGAAAAGGAGGAGAAUAACGACGGGAGCGAAGAGGAAAGAGGAACAGCCUCAGCCGUUGGAGAUGUGCGGUCGGGCCGAGAUUGCGGCGGUAUCCCUGUCUAGGCCUGGACUGAGCAGAUUGUUCUGAGAGGAAACGGACAACAAACGGGGGAAGUGAACAUGGCUGGGACCUCGGGCUUCUUUUCCAACGGACCUGUUCCGUGGAUGGACAACGACACGGAGAUGAACAAUCUGUAUCGAGACCUGGAGCUGGGCACAGUACUGACACUGUUUUAUUCUAAGAAGUCUCAACGGCCAGAGAGACGGACAUUUCAAGUCAAGCUGGAGACCAGGACUAUUAUCUGGACUCGGGGCACAGAUAAAAUAGAAGGAGAGAUUGACAUUCGAGAGAUCAAGGAGAUCCGUCCUGGACAGAAGUCCCGGGACUUUGAGCGCUAUGUGGAGGACUCGGCAGCACGGCUGGACCAGGCUCACUGCUUUGUCAUCCUGUACGGCACAGAGUUUCGCCUUAAGUCACUCAGCCUGGCAGCCACCUCUGAUGAGGAGAUGACCAUGUGGGUGAAGGGAUUAAACUGGCUUGUGGCCGACACUCUGAAGUCUCCGACACCCCUGCAAAUUGAGAGGUGGUUACGUAAGCAGUUCUACGCCGUUGAUCGCAACAGAGAAGACAGGAUAUCCUGUAAGGAUUUGAAGAGCAUGCUGAGUCAGGUCAACUACAGGGUGCCCAACAUGAGGUUCCUCCGAGAGAAACUUCCGGACUCAGAGUUGAGGAAUGGAGACGUGUCCUUCAGUCAGUUCGCUCAGCUCUACCGCAGCCUCAUGUUCGAUGCUCAGAAAAACGUGGAGAUCCAAUUUCUACAGAGGUUCAUUGACAGACCAGAACUGAGGAUCUCCCUUGACGACUUCAAGAGCUUCCUCCUGGAGUCUCAAAAGGAAAUGUGGGCCACAGACAGCAACAUGGUUCAAGAGUUUAUGUUCAGCUACCUGAAAGACCCCCUGAGAGAAGUGGAGCAGCCUUAUUUCCACCAAGACGAGUUCCUGACAUACCUGUUCUCCAAAGAAAACACCAUCUGGGAUUCCUCUCUGGAUCAGGUGUGUCCUGACAAUAUGAACAACCCGCUGUCCCACUACUGGAUCUCCUCUUCGCACAACACCUACCUGACUGGAGACCAGUUUUCCAGUGAGUCCUCCCUGGAGGCAUACGCUCGCUGUCUGAGGAUGGGGUGCCGCUGUAUUGAAUUGGACUGCUGGGAUGGUCCAGAUGGAAUGCCAGUCAUCUACCACGGACACACCCUCACAACAAAAAUCAAGUUUUAUGAUGUCUUGACCACCAUCAGAGAGCAUGCCUUCGUUACAUCCGAUUAUCCAAUCAUCUUGUCCAUCGAGGACCACUGUAGCAUUGUGCAGCAGAGGAAUAUGGCCUCUCACUUUAAAAAGCUGUUUGGAGACAUGCUGCUGACCAAGGCAGUGGACAUUGUGGCAGAUGGGCUGCCCUCACCCAACCAGCUCAAGAGAAAGAUUCUCAUCAAGCAUAAGAAGCUUGCAGAAGGCAGUGCCUAUGAGGAAGUAUCCACCUCCACUCCCUACUCAGAGAACGAUAUCAGUAACUCCAUCAAAAAUGGCAUCCUGUACCUCGAAGACCCCAUUAACCAUGAGUGGUACCCUCAUUUCUUUGUCCUGACCAGCAGUAAAAUCUACUACUCAGAAGAGACCUCCAAUAACCAGGGCAAUGAUGAUGAGGAGGAGCACAGAGAGGUGUCCAACGGUAUGGACCAGCACGUGACUGAGAAAUGGUUCCAUGGGAAACUGGGCGCAGGGCGGGACGGACGGCAGAUAGCUGAGAGGUUACUGUCUGAGUACUGCCUGGAGACAGGAGCUCCUGAUGGCUCCUUCCUGGUCCGAGAGAGUGAGACCUUUGUGGGAGACUACACGCUGUCGUUUUGGCGUUCAGGGCGGGUGCAGCACUGUCGUAUCCACUCUCGUCAGGAGGCAGGCAGCCCCAAGUUCUACCUGACUGACAACUUGGUGUUUGACACGCUCUUUGCCCUGAUCACCCACUACCAGCAGGUGGCGCUGCGCUGCAAUGAGUUUGAGAUGAAGCUGACUGAGCCUGUGCCUCAAACCAAUGCUCAUGAGAGCAAAGAGUGGUACCAUGCCAACCUCUCCAGGAGCCAUGCAGAGAACAUGCUGAUGAGGGUUCCUCGUGACGGGGCUUUCCUUGUGAGGAAGAGAGCGGAACCCAACUCGUUUGCCAUUUCAUUCAGGGCUGAGGGAAAGAUAAAGCACUGUCGUGUACAGCAGGAGGGUCAGACGGUGGUGCUGGGCACCUCGGAGUUUGACAGCCUAGUAGAUCUCAUCAGCUAUUAUGAGAAGCACCCGCUGUACCGCAAAAUGAAACUGCGCUAUCCCAUCAAUGAGGACACACUGGAGAAGAUAGGCACUGCUGAGCCAGACUACGGGUCACUGUACGAGGGAAGGAAUCCUGGCUUUUACGUGGAGGCCAACCAAAUGCCAACAUUUAAAUGCACAGUGAGAGCCAUGUAUGAGUAUAAAGCCCAAAGAGAUGAUGAGCUCUCCUUCACUAAAAACGCCAUUAUCUCUAAUGUGGACAAACAGGAAGGAGGAUGGUGGAAGGGUGACUGUGGAGGGAAGAAGCAGCUGUGGUUUCCUGCUAACUAUGUGGAGGAGAUCAGUCCGUCAGCGGCGGAGCCUGACAGAACUGAGAUGACAGAAAACAGCCCACUGGGAGAUCUGCUGAGAGGAAGUGUGGACGUGUCUUCCUGUCAAAUUGUUGUGCGUCCUGAAGGGAAAGGCAGCAGGCCUCACGUUUUCUCCCUGGUGCCAAACGGUUCCAUGCGGACAGGCCCAUUGCUGGACGUUGCUGCCAACAGCCAAGAAGAACUCAAGGAAUGGAUGAUGAAGAUCCGUGAGGUCACCGUGACCUCAGAGGCCAAGCUGGAGGAGGGGAAGAUGAUGGAGAGGAGGAAGAAGAUUGCACUGGAAUUAUCUGACCUGGUCAUCUACUGUAGACCCGUGCCAUUUGAUGAAGACAAAAUUGGCACGGAGCGGGCCUGUUUUCGGGACAUGUCGUCCUUCCCUGAAACCAAGGCAGAGAAGUACGUCAACAAGAUCAAAGGGAAGAAGUUCUUGCAGUACAAUCGACUACAGCUGUCCAGAAUCUACCCAAGAGGCCAGAGACUGGACUCUUCGAACUACGACCCUCUGCCCAUGUGGCUCUGUGGGUCCCAGCUGGUAGCACUGAACUUCCAGACGGCAGACAAGCCCAUGCAGAUGAACCAGGCUCUGUUCAUGCUGAACGGAAGGAGCGGCUAUGUCCUUCAGCCGCCCAUCAUGAGGGACGACAGCUUUGAUCCCUUUGAUAGACACACGUUACGAGGUGUCGAACAAGUCACCCUAGUGAUAGAGGUUUUGGGCGCCCGGCACUUGCCCAAGCACGGACGUGGCAUAGUUUGCCCUCUUAUCGAGAUCGAGGUGUGCGGCGCGGAAUACGACAGUGCCAAGCAAAAAACUGAUUCAGAGGCUGAUAACGGUCUGAACCCCACCUGGCCCCGAAAGCCAUUCCAGUUCACAGUGUGCAACUCUGCCUUUGCCUUCCUGCGCUUUGUGGUUUAUGAGAUCGACAUGUUCAAUGACCAAAACUUUCUGGCUCAGGCCACAUUCCCCAUUCACAGCCUAAAAACAGGUUACCGGUCUGUUCCUCUGAAGAACAGCUACAAUGAGGAUCUGGAGUUGGCUUCACUGUUAGUGCAUAUGGACAUCAUCAGAGGCUGGAAUGAAAACGGAGAGGUUCUGAGCCCGUUCCUCGCAGUCGGGACCUCGCCGGUGUCAACGUCUGCCCAAACAGGACGGGAACGUUUGGGGGAUCUGAGCUCAGUGACUGCAACUGCAUCCAACAUGUCUCCCCUGCCCCAGUCGCCGGCCCAGGCCAUGGCCUACAGGGGGAGGGAGGGCUCCUUCGAGUCCCGCUAUCAGGCGCCUCUAGAUGACAUCAGGGUGUCCCAGGAGUCAUUGCUGGAGCACAUGGAUCCACAGAACAGAAGGAUGUUGCGGAGGACCAGGGUGGGUGGAGAGAACCGUGUCUAAGUCCAAGCCAAUCAGGAUGCAUUUCUGUUGCAACCCCCCCCAAGCCCUCCCGCUUCUUACCCAGUCGCCUCUCCCCGUACUGAUGAUGUCACUGACUGCUGUGAACAGUUUCCAUGGAAACGCCCACCACCGCUUUGGCCUACAUUUCAGGCAGCUCUCCCUCCCCUCCCUUCAUUCUCCAACCACCCCCCUCCUUCCACCCUUCUUCCUACCCACCCAGCCUCCUCACCACUCGCCUGACGAGGAGGGACUCGGACGUAAGAGGAGAGGGGUGGUGGUGGUGGUGGUGGUGGUGGGGGGGGACACUGAGAGGAAGCUGACCGCUGUGGACAGGAAGAAGAACCGGAUGUUCACAGGAGAACAAAAACAAGGCUGAAAAAGUUCCAGCUCUGGGCUGGUGGUCUGCUGUUGUCCUCUCUUGUGUUUUAGGUGUGCACAACAGUUGCUUAGUCUGGAGGCUAAGGCGAGGGAAAGAAAGAGUUAUAAAAGGUAUCAGUUUGAAACUGUUUUCCAGUUAAGUUUCUUUGCUCUUCUCUAUUUGGCAAAUAUGAAUAUAUGUAUUUAUUCCUGCUGUGCUGUUGGCCAGAGAACAGCAGCAGCUGACCUGCUCUCAAAGAGCUCCUGUCUCCAUGUUUUUAAUUGUUAUGAUUUAUUUAAACCUUUAAACAUUCAUAAUGUGACUUUUCAUGUUUUUAAUGUAUAUGUGUAAAACACGAGGGCUCUCUACAGCUGUUUUAAUGUCUCUCUCUCUCUCUUCUCUGCUUUGUGGAGGAAGUUUUGCGCCUUCAGUCUAACUCACGCCCUAAACCUGGAGGAAUAUUUCUCUUCUCUCUCUCUCUCUCUUUUUUUUUUUUUUUUUUAAAAGGCAUCAGGAAGAAGUCAUAACCUGUUUGUGUUGGAAGCAGUGAGAGAGCAGGCACCUUUUUAUAUGUUACGUCUGCAUAGACAAACACACGCAUACGCACACACAUGCAGGCGUUUAUUUUUUUUUCUUUUUAACUCACAUUCCUAAAAACUGCACAUCAUUCCAUUUUCCUGCAUUGCAGGCGCCUUUACAAGCCAGUCUGACACAUUUAAACUUCUGUCUCCCUCCAUCGUCUCACUCCUCAGUGAUCAUGUCUGUAGGGAAUCUAACACCACACUGUGUGACUAAGCAGGACCAGGGAUGCAUGUUUACCCAAAGGAUGUUGUAGUCUGAGUGUGAUUAAUAAUUGUGUACACGAUUGUUGAUUUUCACUGCCAACAAAUUUGAGCCGCUUUAAUGGCUGCGCAGUUGUGAGUGAUAGUUCAUAGGGCUGCAUGGCGAUGGCCAGCGUGAGGAUACUGAUGACUCUGCUAACAAAGUGCUUUGAGGACAUUGCAAAUAUUUCAUUUACAGGAAACAUUGUGAAGGUUUCUUUAACAUUAGAGCCCCGUGUUGCCGUGAUUGAUGGCAAAAUAUUUCAGAAAUUUGGUUUUUUUUUUUACUGACAUUUCAGGUUUUGAAUUUAAGCCCCUUUUAUUCUAUGUUUUAAUUAGCUGAGCCCAAUUACUCCCAUAACAACUCUAUGACUAAAGCAAAAAUAAAAGUUCUCAUUUUUUUUGAGAUGUCUCCUCAAAGAGGCUUUCUUAAGCAGAGGUGUUUACUGCAGCCUCCAUUUAAUGUAUCUGCAUUUUUUUUUUGCAAGAGGAAAAGAUAUUCAGUACUGCUGACCAAAAGUGACCAAGUGAGAAUGUUUGUGUUGUCAGUGUGAAGCAUAAAGAAAACAUGCCAUGUACUCUCUCUGCUGCUCCGCGAAUACAUACAGGACCUUUUGUGUUGGAGCUGCUGCAGUAUUCCAGCGAGUUUUGUUUCAGCGCCGAGCGACUGCUCAGAAACCAGUGAGGGUUUUCGGUUACGCUGCUGUGAUAUACGCUUAAAUUUCCACUCCCCGUUAAUUUAUUUGUGAUGAAAUGUGCAAAAAUUGCGGACUUUGUGCAACCAACUGGCUGAAGUGAAUGUCAAAUGUUGCACCGUCACGAUUCCUCAUCAUUCCUGAAUUUAGACUUUGAUUCUGACUUCCACUCAUUAAUGUUUAACUUGACUCAGUGGUUAAGACUACUCUUGAGGUAAAUGUUGACGCUCUUGAAUGUGCUCGGAGAGCUCAUUUCCUGCGUUUGUGGUGUGAGAGCGUUGUCGGGGCUGAGUUUCAUGCCUGUUGUGUGUCUGUGGCUGAUGGGUGACAAAGGUGCCUGUGGGGGGUGGUGGGGGGAAGGUGCUUGGGGCUGCAGUAGCAGAGUUCUGUGGUCAGGGCCUCCAGAGAGCCUGUAUGGAGCUCAUAUAUAACAAGUGGUGUUAUCUUUCCAGGUUUGUAUCAGAAACAGUGUUUUCUUCUGAUCGUAUGUGAUGACUAUAUGAUGUAAACUCAGUAUUCUCACUCAGCGUUUGACCGCUGAGACACACCUAAAGCCAUAUGGUAUGAUUUAAGGUAAAAGCAGGGACAGGAGUGUAUACUUGAGGUCUCAACUAAAAAGUUUUCAGCAUCUUGUUGUGUUUGCACCCUAAUAUUAAUCCCAAAGCUCCCUGAUAUUACUGUUUUGUUUUUUUUUUGUUUUGUUUACUGACCUGUCUGCUAAUGUCUAUGUGCCUCUGUAUACAAAUCACACUUAAGUCACAUCACUCACCUCCCUUGCUUGGCUUAAAUCACCUGCACAGCCCAUGGUACACCCACACAUUGGUUGUCGCUUGUUUUCAGUGGUGGGACCUCUUCUCAGCACCGUGUGAGCGUCUGUAGACCAUGUUUGACUGACUGACUGCCAUGUCCCUGACUCUACUCUUCAGUUUGUUGUACAUCUUAUGGCGGGGCAACUCCCACCAAGCUGUAAAGUGGUCUACAUCAAGCAGAAUACCUUAAAACAGUUAUGUGGGUGUGCAGGGCCUUUAAGUGUUUUCUGUUUUUUCUUUUAAAAAUUCCUCCAAUAUUGUCUGUUGUUUAGUUUCCGAUUGUCCCAUUUACAACCGCCUUUCUGUAAUGUGCCUAAAUGAUGGAGAGGAAAAGUAUUCAUUUUAAUUUUGCCUUUCAUAUGAAACAUAUUCAAGCCUGAAAAGUAAAUAAAAUACUUAUUACUUUCA